UAAUUACGAACACAUAGUGAUGAAGAAAAGACUAAGCUUGAAGCAAAUCUUGGUGACUCUCUCCAACCUUGGUGUAUGUUUGUGCGUAAAGCAUCUUGAUAGUAGCAAGAUUCAAGAUUCUAACAUAAAGAUCAAGAAUGGAUCUGUAAGUCACGAGGAUGGUUCGGUUUCUGAAGAGAAGAAGGCUAUCGAAGGAACAAGGAGAGUCAAAGUGGUGAUAACUAGGAAACAGCUGGAUUACUUGUUGGCGAAGCAAGUUUCAUUGGAGCAGCUGGUUUUUGUGAAUGAGAGAACCUCUCUCAAAUAUUUUGACGACAGUAAGUGGAUCCCAAGGCUUGAAUCUAUCCAUGAAUCACCUGAACUGUAAGAUUUUUGGGGUUUAGAUGUUUCUUUUAGAUUCUGCGGCUAAUGGUAUAUUGUUAUAUUGUGUUAUGAAGAUAUGCACUAGCUUUUAAAACAUAAUGUAAGUAUCAUAAAGUGUUUUUGUUUGUAAGUAACUUCAGUUGCUAAGCGAACAGAGCAAAAACAGGGGAAGCAGAAGAAGAACAGGCGAAAACAUGAUCUAUCGAUGACUUUGUUUUCUAUGUUUCUUUUAGAAACAGUUAAAGA